AUGCCCCGUGGACGCUGGGCUGCAGUGCGCGGAUGCAUUGUGCCAUACGAGACGGGCGCGCGAUGGUCGGGAGAGGCCAGCCGAUGCUCGUGGUGUUCGGGAACAGGGGGCGGCGACGUCGGAAACAUAUGCGCGAUGGGCAUCGGUGGCGUUGUGCGUCUGGCGGCCGUGCAGCUGAAGGCGGGCGCAAUGCAUGCGGAGACACAGACGUCACUGUCCCGACACGCGCGCAUGCCUGUGGCCAAUGUCGCCGAGGAUGCAGGGGCGCGAGCCGCAUAG